CAUAGUCAUAGGCUGUGUCACGUCGGGACACACAAGACAACCUAUCCUUUCUGCUGUACGUACGUCAUAUUAACGUAUUCAACUACAGACGAAAUAAAAAUGGGGUUCCAAGUUUGCUUAGUGCUGAUCGCAAUACUCCCUGUCAUCGAUGCUAAUAACAAUGUUUCCUGUAGGCUAGUGAGACCAAGUUACCUCCCACCGGAGUUGUGGGGGGAACCCAACCCCAACAGACUUCCCCCGUGCGUAAACUAUGAUAUCCUGCUGCCGGAAGUGAGGAACCUUACCAACCGACUACCACAGACCCUUGCGGAAUUCGGCUUGACUAAUAUCGAAAGUGACCUUGAAGAACUGCAGCAUGGAAACUGUACGGUUCUCUUGAAGGGUGAGGUCGGUCCGGUCCACUGCGGAGAUGAAACAGCCCAGCACUUUACCCGUGUGGGGCUUGUGAUCCAUCUCAUCUACAACGUCACCGUCGGUGGGGACGAGCAACUUUUUGCCUUCGCUUCCGAGCGAUUCGAGAACCUUACAGCAAAUGAUACUCUUGAAGGCCCUGUUCAAAGCCUACAGGACUCUGUGGAGGGGUUUAAUGGAAGCUACCCAGCCGCCAGCGCCGAGGCAAUGCCGUCCCUGGUACAGGACUACUACGAUCUCCUGGACAGCUUCAACUGCAGCACCAGCGGCCACAACUGUAACCUGACCCGCGGGGAGGAAGCCGUGGUACCGUUAGAUGAGCGCUGGUCUAUUGUUGCAAGGCAGGGCUUUGAGUAUGAGCCCAGUGACUCGAGGAGAGCCAUAAGGCUCAGAUGUCUCUUUUUGUCUUUUCGUGCUUUAAGAUUGAUUCCAAGGAUUUUCGCACUUUGGGUCCGGGUGAACUGAACGGGAGACACACACACACAUAAACACACACACACACGCAAAAACACACACACACUCAAACACACACACACGCGCACGCACGCACGCAGGCAGGUACACACGCACGCACACACACACACACUCACACGCACGCACGAACGUAACGCACACACACACACACACGCGCGCGCGCGCAGCUGCAGGUAGAGACAAAGAGACAAACGGAGAGAAAGAUAGAGGUUUUGAAUCAAUGUUAAAUUCUACCAACCAUAUUUGAAGUUAAAAGCGUAUGUGCAUAAAGGAAAUGCAUUCGAGACUCUUAAGAUGAUUAUGACAACGAAACCAUAUAUCCCUGGUUAUUUUGCUUCUUUGCUUACUAUGCACAGACCUAACUGCAUAAGAAUCUGCUUUCCCGGUCCAGAACUUACUACUCGGGUGCCUCAAAAUGCACAGCCAUUUACAGGGCUCGUCAUUCGCGCGCCGCACCUGUGGGCCUCGUGUAACUGAAUGAAUGAAAUACCUUUAGCUUUAAUGAUAGUUCAUGAUAGUUCAUACACAUACAAUCUAAAUACAGGUAUAUACAAGCUAUAUAUAGUGAUAUGAGUGAAACAGUGAUGUGAGAAUGUGAUAUCGUAUAACAUCUAUAACGAUUAAUAUAUACUAGUAACUGUUAUACGCAAGUUUAACUUCUUGCUUCUUAAGACAGCUGCGAAUGUACAGGCAGAUGGCAAAAUGCAUGAUUUAUCUAACUGCAUAAUAAAUAUGAAUUUUUUCUGGGCCAUCUAAAUAUCGGAAAUGAAGGGGCGUAUCAUGACAUGUAUACAAUUGAAGAGAAUUUGUCUAUCGUUGCUAUAGACUGUAUCAACCGUCACGUAGUGGGUUUAUGUGCCCAUUAGUGUUUUUCAUUUUAGAUUUGACACGAUUUGGCAUUAUGGUGUUAUUAAUCUGAAUAAAGGUCAUUAUAUACGUU